GGUUUAUUUGCAGAGACAUAAAACGGAAGUGAAGUCCCAUUGCGCAUCUCAUUCUUCUUUUCUCUUUCGUUCCUUUCUCUUCGGUAACGGUUGCUGCGAUCCAAAGUUGAAAUCAUGGACAUGUGUGACUUAAGUGGCAAAGUGGCUCUGAUAAGUGGUGCCAGUUCUGGUAUUGGUGCCGGUACUGCAGUGUUGUUUAGUAAACUUGGUGCAAAGUUGGCUAUUACUGGCAGGAAAGAAGACAACUUGAAGAAAACUGCAGAUGAAUGUGAAAAAAAUGGUUCUAAGCCAUUAAUGGUUGUGGCUGACCUUUCAAACGAAGGUGAUGUCAAAAAUGUGAUGGAGAAAACCAUUUCUCAUUUUGGAAAACUAAACAUUUUGGUAAACUGUGCUGGAAUUUUGGCUAAUGGAUCUAUUGAAACCACUAGCUUGAAACAAUUUGAUGAAGUCUUUAACAUUAAUGUACGGUCCGUUUAUCAACUGACCAUGUUAGCAGUGCCUCAUUUGAUAGCAACUCAAGGAACUAUUGUGAAUGUUUCCAGUGUAAAUGGCAUAAGAUCUUUCCCUGGAGUUCUAGCAUACAAUAUGUCUAAAAGUGCUUUGGAUCAAUUCACCUGUACUGUAGCACUUGAGUUGGCAUCGAAGAAAGUGCGUGUAAACAGUGUCAACCCUGGGGUUAUCGUCACUGAAAUACACAAAAGAGGAGGCAUGAGUGAAGAAGCUUAUGCUCAGUUUCUGGAGAAAUCGAGAGGAACCCAUGCUCUUGGACGUGCCGGACAAGUUGAUGAAGUCUCUAGGGCAAUUGCCUUCUUAGCCUCUGAUGCCAGUUCUUUCAUUACUGGAGCCUUGCUUCCUGUUGAUGGUGGAAGACAUGCCAUGUGUCCACGAUAGAAACAGCAGAACAAGACUUGACUUUUGUUUUUUUACUUGCUUCUAUUUUUUUUAACCAAGAUAUUUUAGAAAUAAACAAAAAUUGGUUGUGUCUAUUUUUC